GUAUUUCUUAUCCACAGCCUUUCGCCAUUGUUAAUUCUCUGGCUACAACACCCAACGAUCCUUAUAAAGCCUCUUCGUUUUUUAUGUUUUGCAGCAACAAAUCCAAUUUUAGCCUUUACCCAUAUCCAGAUUUGAACGUGCGCGGCUGAUUUCCUGUGUAUCUCUCUAUCUUCUGGGAUUUCCGAGUUGGGUUUCUUGGAUUUGAGGAUCAAGUUUGGAACUGCCACAAUGAGAGGAUUAUCUUUCUGUCUUGCGAAUUUCGCUAAUCUGCUUUACUAUCUUUUCCCUUUCUUCGAGAGGAUCCCCGUGAAAUUCAUGUCCUUGCAAAUUGAGAACAUGGUCACUUUGGUUUCUCGAACUGGCCGUGAAUUGCAGCGGUACGAGAAGGGCUCGCGACUCGUUGUUGGAUGCAUUCCUUACAGAUAUAAGAAAAAGCAAUCAUCUUUUGAUGGAACCCUUAUUGAAGAACUGGAAGUUCUUAUGAUCAGUGCACAAAAGGGUCAAGCAAUGUUGUUUCCAAAGGGUGGUUGGGAACUUGAUGAAUCCAUGGAACAGGCAGCUUUGAGGGAGACAAUUGAGGAAGCUGGUGUGAUUGGUGAUAUAGAAAGGAAACUGGGGAAAUGGAGAUACAAGAGCAAAAGCCAGGGCAUAAUUCAUGACGCCUACAUGUUUCCUUUGCUUGUUAAGAAGCAGUUGGAUAUUUGGCCAGAGAAAAGUAUCCGGAAUCGGAGAUGGAUGACUGUCAAGGAAGCGAGAGAAUCAUGCAAGAAUUGGUGGAUGAGAGAUGCUUUGGAUGAAUUUGUUCAUAGAAAGAACCUAUCCUAAACCAACCAGACAGAGGAGGCAACACAAAACAGAUCAUGAACACCCGUGUGUUAAUGAUCCUUGCCUUGUCGUGAUCGAGUGCCAAAUCGGAAAACUUGCUGCAAGAGCAGGGACGAAGAUGUAAUAGAGGAGCACAAUCAAGAAACUAGAAGGGGAUGAUGGUUUCGAAGUUAUCGAAUUCACUUUCGCUAUGUUUGAUUUGGAGCUUCUGGACAAGGCUUGAUACUAAAAAUACUAUUAGUAGUUCUGAGAAAGCAGAUUUCUAGAUGUACAAAGUUUUUUUUUUUUUUUUUGAUAUGUAAAAAGUUCUCUUUGUGAUAAGGAAAACCGGGUAAAACCCGGUGCAUGACAAGCUACUCGCUUAUGUACCAGGCAAGUUGGGGAUGUAGAAUGGGCUGGCAAUGUAGGGAGAACACAUCCACUUGCCAGGCCAACUGGUCUGAGGGGCUGUUAUGUACAAAUUUUGAUCCAUUCAUUCAAUUCCAUUGAUUUUUUUUA